AUGAAUUUAAAUAAUUUUUUGUUAUUUAAAAAUAAUUUGGAUAAUUUUUUAAUUGUAGUUGAACCGUGGGUUAAUGGUGAAUAUAGAAUAGCUUUUUUAAAUAAUUUUAAGUUUAUUAAUGAUUUAAAGGACUAUAGUUUUGAGGGUAAACAUGAAAUAAAAGAGUUGUUUUAUUUUGAGUAUAAUAACGGUGUUCCAAGUUUUGUAUUUUCUAAUUGUGAUAUUUUUGGUUAUAAAGUAUAUUUUAAAACUAAAUUAAUUUUAGAAUUUAACUCUGGAAAAGUUUAUUUUUAUAUUUUACAACAACAAUUGAAUUUUUUUGAGUAUAAUAUAACUAUUAUAAAAAUGCAAAUAGCUAUCAAUCAAUUAAAGACGUUUGUUGAUACUGAUAUUGAGGCAGUACGUCAAAAGAUGCUUAACAGAUCUAUUACUAGUAACUACUUAACUAAUAACGAGGAAGAGCUAGUCAAAGCUACUUUAAAACAAAUAGUCAGUUCAUCUUUGGAUAUUUUGGAAGAUGACGAUCCCAAUGAGCGAGAGUACAAGAUUCAGUAUUUAUUUAAGUUAAAGGGUCAUAAAAAAGAAAAGUUUAAUUUCAGUGAUUGGAAGAUUACAAAUCAUAAUUUAUUAGCUAAAGACGAACAACUCUAUUUUCAUAGUUUAGAAAAACAAUAA